AUGAGCGCCGACGGCAUGCAGGCGCUGCGGACGGGCACCCUGUGCGCGGUGUACAUUCUCCUCAGCGGAGGCCUGAUCAACUUCAACAAAUACCUCAUGCACAAGGGCCGCUUCCCGCACCCGAUGUUCCUGACGGCCGUCCACAUGCUCGCUAGCAUGGUCCUUACCUCCCUCACGUACCUUGUGAGGCCGUCGGCGAUGCCUGGGGUCGAGAAGUGCAAGGGGAAGGUCGACAUGAGGUGCAAGCGCAGGAUUCGCCGCAUGCACCACCUGUUCGUCCGGAAGCAGCUGCAGAUGAGCGUGCAAUUGGAGCGGCGCGUCAAGAGAUUACAGCUUGACUACGAGGACGCGUAUAGUUUACAUUCUCGCAGUUGUCAGACGAGCCCGUGUCUGAAGUUCAACGUUCAACACAUUCGCCACUGCAUAGGCUCGGCUGCCUGUCACAUCUGUACGGCGGGUUCACGCCGCGUGGACGCCUGCGUGGGCGCUCAAGGUCAAAGGCCUCCGGCGGCCUGA